AUAGGAUAGAGUGUUCAUGAUGUUGUGGAACCGCCAUCUGAGGACUGCACCACACCAACCCAUACGAAUUCACUCUCUCGCCUGCGCUUAUCAGCUACUGUACUCUACUGUACUCCGUACCUGAUAUAUAUUCAAACUCUCCCACCCACACAUUUGUCCUCUUCUUUUUUUCUUCUUCUUCUUCUUACAUCUCAACCUCCUUUGGCCAGAGAUUGAUAUCGUUCUCUCUUUUUUAUUCUUUACACUCCUUGUUGUUCAUACGAUCAUUCAUAGCCUGUGGCUACUGAUAAAAAGUCCUAUACAUUCACAUUCAUUGACUGAAUCCCACGAUCCCGACGAUUGCAUAUUCUAGAAACAACAACAUUCAACUUUGCUCCUGAUUUGAUCCCAGUUGACUGGUUGAUUUCUCGAUACCACUGUCCUUUGCACAACUAUACAACCCUGAACAUACAACCCUCUUUAGCUGGCCAACACUGUUACCAUCUACCAAACCGCACUCCUUCAAAGAUGCGUUCAACCACCACCAGUGCCCUUGUGGCAGCUCUUCUCGCUAUUGCUCCUGCUGAUGCUUUCUGGCGUCUCCCCUGCAGAGCACCGCUUCUGUACGAACGUACCGAUCCAAUUGUCAACCCAGGCACUAUCUCCGCUCACUCUCACACCAUCAUGGGAGGCAAUGGGUUCAGCAACGACAUGACCUAUGCCGACACCCAAUCUUCAACUUGCUCGUCUUGCACAGUUACCAAGGAUUUCUCAAACUACUGGGUUCCCAACCUUUACUACAAGGGAUCGGACGGCUCUUUCACCAGUGUCGAUCAGGUCGGCGGAGCUCUGAUCUACUAUCUCCAGCGUGCCGAUCCCUUGGACCCAGAGUACGACCAGGGCCUGCUCGCCUUCCCAGAAGGUUUCCGUAUGCUGGCGGGAGAUCCUAUGCUCCGUUCCUUCACCAACACCCUGGAGCAACGUGCCAUCAGCUUUGCCUGCCUUGGAACAGACACCAAGGAAACCAACGAGAUCCCCAACAUCAACUGCCCCAAUGGUCUCCGUGCUCAAGUCUUCUUCCCCUCUUGCUGGGAUGGCAAGAACCUCGAUUCGCCCGACCACAAGUCCCACAUGGCCUACCCUGAUCGCGUCGACAACGGCGCAUGCCCCCAGUCUCACCCCAAGCGCUUCAUCUCCCUCUUCUACGAGGUAGUCUGGGAUACCCCUAAGUUCGCCGACAAUUUUAUCGGUGGCAAACACCCCUUUGUCUUCUCCAACGGCGAUGAGACUGGUUACGGAUACCACGGAGAUUUCGUCAACGGCUGGGACGUACCAACCCUUCAAAAGGCCGUCACCGAGUGCACCAACUUGAGCGGUGUUGUUGAGGACUGCCACGUCUUCCAAUUCUUCGAUGACGCGAAGGUCGAUACUUGCAAGAUCCAGCCGACUAUCAGUGAGAAGGUUCAGGGCAAGCUCGCCGCUCUCCCAGGGUGCAACAGUCCUUCCGGAGAGGGCGCCAAGGUCGUCGCUUCUAAGGACUGCGCCAUGAAUGCUGCCGCUGUCGGCUCCGGCAACGGCACUGGCAGCACCGCCGACAAGAGCAUUUCCAGCGCCUCUUCAGUUGCUUCAGCUUCCGCAUCUAACGCCGCCACCUCAUCCGCUUCUACCAGCCAGAGCUCCUCGGUGCCAGUCUCCAACCAGGCACCAGUCUCCAACAAGGCACCAGUCUCCAACAAGGCACCAGUCUCCAACAAGGCACCAGUCUCCAACAAGGCACCGGUCUCCAACAAGGCACUGGUCUCCAACGAGGUCCCAGCUGCCAACCAGAACAAUGUGGGAUCACCAGAGGUUGUCCAGACUGUCACCGUUUCCCCCGUCGCAGAGGUAAAGCCAACCGCAGUAGUCGACAACAUCGCAAAGAACCAAUGCGGCAGCGUCGUCACCGUCACCGUUGCCGAGGCCACCGUGACCGUUGCCGAGGCCACCGUGACCGUCACUCAAAUGGGCCAGGCGCCUGCCACCAACGCCGCGGUUGUCGACGACUCUGUCAAGGGCGACUCUCCUAACGGAUCCGUGCCCGUGGCCUCUGCUCCCCCAGUUGAGGACCAGCCAACUGCCUCUUCGGUUGUUCCAAUCUUGCUCCCUAGCUCCACUGGAAUCUACACCAACGGCACCAAGCACAACGGCCACGGCCACGGCCACGGACCCAAGCACCCCCACCAGAGGCCAUCUGGCGGCUUCGCGCGUCCCACCGGUGCUCGCCACGCUGUCCACGCUGGCAAGGGCAACUAAGACACCCGUUGUCCUGUCUCCUCUCAUCAUCUUCCAUUUUUAGGUGUGAGAGAUGUAUUUAUACACUUCCACCGCCAUGAGGGACGCCUCCUUGGGCCGACCCUUCUUCACCUCACUUCACUUCUUUCUGGGGGCAUGUUCGAACCAGUGACCCUUUUGGGUAUUCAUUCGUUUAUACAGCAUAGGAUAUUUAUAUUUGGAGGAUCGGGGUUUGGUUUUUUUUGGCGUCUCUCUCCUUACCGUACUUAUUUUUUUCCGGCCUUGGAUCUGCCAGGUUUUUUUGGUGGCUGGGGCUGGGUUACACUCGUUUGAGACGGGUGGGUGGUAUAUACACUUUUUUUUAGAGGAUAUGGGAGGAGCAUUAGUUUGUAUAUUUAUUUGGGGGUGGGGUGGCGGAGAAGUCGAGGGGGGUUGAGAGAGUUUGUUUAUAGAACGAUGAAUGUCGAUAUACACUCGCUUUGUUACGAGA